UGUCGCUUCAGCCAAUAGUUGUUUACCUGUGCUGUGGACUAGUAUGUCACUUUAGUGACCUAAAUUUAGGUUUAAAAAAAAAAAACUGUCAAGUAAAUUCCUGUUUUAUUUUCGUGUAAUUUGUUGAUUACUAGAUGUAGGUCUACAUAAGAAAUACAAAAUCUUGAGAACAAAAAUCUACAAAUGAAACAAAGUCUCCACUGAUUUGUAUUUUCCAUUUCACCUUGACAUUUAAAAGCUCAACAUGAAGUGUAUUCAUUGUUCCCAAAAGACUUUUUGAGUAAAAGAAUUUAAGCUUGUUACUAAAAGAAAUACCUUCGAUAUGGAAAAAAAGAGCCUACCUAUUUGUUUAAUUAUUUACCUCCUGUGUACAUCAAGGCAUUUUGCCUCUGGAGCCACAUCUUACUCAGUUGAUCUGUCAGGACCGGGCUGUGAUAAUAAUGAAGGUUAUGCUCUGAAAGACAUGAACGAUGAGGCUGUAGUGUUUGCCUUACCCCAGUAUAAUGCUGUGGCCACUCGUGACCAUUGUGAUGUCAAACUAACUACAGAUGAAGGCCGUCGAAUCCAGUUUCUCAUUGACAUGAUUAAAUUUAAUGAAUGUGGGAUUGAGAUAUUUAUAUUUGAUACUUUGAUUGAUGCAAAUCCAAUAUAUUACUUGAGAUGCUCAGACAAUAGCAAGCCUCCCAUCUUUGGAAAAUCAAAGUUCAACUAUCUUAGAAUACGAGUUAGGAAAGCAACACCAGAGUCAAGAGUUUAUGAAUUUAGACUAAAGGCUAAAAAUGACUUAGGUCCUACUCUUCAGUUUGAACAAGCCUCAGAGACAUUCUACCAGGAGCCGUUGGAACCCGGGGCCAUUGCUGGGAUUGGUGUUGCCGCAGCUAUUAUCAUCAUUGCUCUGAUUCUAGUCGCCAUCUACCUCUGCAUCCGGGGGCGCAGUUCUAAUCAAGAAAAGUAUGGAACGAGCAACACCCACGGGGAAUCUAGUGUCUACACUACUGCAACCAAUGAAGUCUUCUUCGCCCCCGGUUCACAAAGAAACCCGAAAGGAAAAUACGGCUCAAUGGAAGACAUCCGAAGCUCCUCGUCCACGCAAAAUAAGGAGAAUGGAGCCUACACCAACAAUGCCUACACCCCGGGACCCGGCGAGAAAAGGUCUGGGCGAUCGGCGUCGGUCGGGCGAUCGGGAGGUAAGAACGGCUUCGCGAACGAGGCCUUCGACCAAGACGACCAGGGAAGAAAGAAUACAUCAUACGAGAAUGAAACCUCCAGCGUACGAGGAUCUUUAAGGAAAUCUAGAAAAGAUGUGUAUGAUACAGGUCCCACCAAACAGCUGAAAUCUGCAAUGAAAAAACCAAGCGAAAGUGAAAUGAAUAAAGUUAACACCCAACCCAACGGUAUUUUGAAAGCACGAACACACUCCCCCAAUAGGUCACAAACUUCAUCCAAUGAAGGUUCAGGUGAUACAAAUAUAAUGAUUCAUGGCUAUAGUCAUCUUGGCAAAGAGCACCCUAAUGUUAAACACAAGCCAGUCAUCGAGCGCAGAAGAUCGCGAUCUGGGACUCGUUCUCACAGAUCUGGAUCUUCUGGGCAUGGGUCAGUCAGAGGAAAACGCUCUAGAUCAGAAGACAAAAAACCACCUAAAGGUGGUCGUAUGUAUGACGAUGUUUUUAUUGAUGAUAGAAAGCAUAGAAGUCGAAGCAGUGGUAGGCGCUCCCAGUCUGCUGGGACUCGUAGCCAGCGAAGUGACUUUACUGACCGCACAAGUGACUCUUUGGACAGUGAAUCAUCUACAACUUCUUAUUCUAGAAAGGUCAGCAUGAACCCAGGGGGAAAGCGUGUUCAUAUUAAAGGUGAGGAGACUGAUAUCUGAAAAAAAAAAAACAAGUUGAUUUCAAUCUGAAUUUUUGUGUUUAGCUAUUGGACUGUUACAACACAUUUUAACCUUGUUUCUUGUACAGUGUAAAUAAUAGAGAACUAAGGAGGAAUUAUAUUAUUAGUAAUAAAACAAUGUUAUGCUGCAUUAAUAAUUAAUUUUGUUGUGCACAAUUAUAAUCUGAUCCUUUUUUUAUUAAUUUCAUUUGUAAUCAAUUUAGACCUACUUUGUAACUUAAAUUUGUAAUAUAAAUAUAGACUAACACUAAUAUUUUAUCAUUAACCAUGUAUCUUUUUUUUUUCUUGUAUUUUGGUGCCUGCUCUUUGUCUCUAUAAACUAAACUAAUAGUGUUUUGUUAUAUAAGUUGCAUGAAAAUAAAACAACCUCAAUGGCAUGUAUUUGCAAAAUGUCUGACUACCUUUCAAAUUUCUUUCUUACAUUUCAUAAUUGUAUUCUUUUUGGGAAUCAAAUAUUUCAAUGUGGUUUUUCAACAUUUUGAAACAUUUGUUUUAGUCUUUGGUGGCUGAAUUUUUUUUUUUCUUCUGUUACCAAUUUGUCAAAUGCAAAUAAAAUAAUAGUACUUACCCCAGAUGAUAAUAAUGUGAAAACAUCUUGACUAGUAAUUAAAUCUAUGCAGUGCUCAAUAUUUUGUAAGAAAUUUGUGUAGUCCUUUUAUGUAUUUCUGUUGUUAUUUUCUUCAUGAUCUAAUACUCUCCAGUGUGUACUGUUGUUGAACAUGUAACUCUUGCCCGAAUUGGGAUCAGUUGUGAAAUGAAAAAUUCACUUCUGCUGUACGUCUUCAAAUGAAUUCUUAUGACCUCUCUUUGAGAAUUUGAGUUGAAAAAACAACCUUUACUUUUUUUUUUUUUGAGACACUAGUUUGUAUAUUUGUGUGUGUACAUUUGUGUGUGUACAUUUGUUGCAUCUUGUAUAAAUAUAGAGGCAUUAGGAAAAAAUGCUGUCGGGAGGGAUACUUAGGUUGUUGAACUUGUUGGACACAAUGAAAGUAUGUCAUCUAAACGUCUUUGAUUAAACAUUUGACUCACCUACAUUCCUGUUCAUAUUUUUCUGCAGCAUUUUGUCAAUGACAAAUGUUUAAUAAUUAUUUCGCCAAAUUAUUAUUUUUUUUUUUUUUUGCGGAGAAAUGUUUUGCAUCUAUGAAUAAAUUAAAAACUGUAUAUACUAGCCAUGUUGUUAUUGUAUAGUAUACAGAUUUUGCGUCCCAAAUGGCACGAAACAAUUCAUGAACACUUUUCAUGUAUUUAUUAUUUAUAAAAAUGAAUGUUUAAAAAGAAGCAUUCAAUUCAUUCAUAUCAAAAUUAAAAAUGUUUAGUUUCUUUGCUUGUUUUAGAAUCAACUAUUUUCAGAGAGACUAGAUGCUUGGUUAAUAGUUUGUUUUAUCAAGAUCAACUCUCAUUCCUAAAAAAAACAUAUCAGUGAAAUAAGAAGUCUAUUUAUACCAGGGGUUCUCAACCUGUGGGUCGUGACCCCUCUAGGGGUUGAUUAACGAUUUGCCAGGGGUCGCCUAAGACCAUGAAAAAUAUGGAUUGUUUUUGUCUAUUCUUCUAUCGCUGUGUGGAUGGGGGUCGCCCACAAAGUGGGGAUUGUAAAAAGGGGUCGCCGAACUUAAAAGGUUGAGAACCGCUGAUUUAUACGAUGUGGUUUCAUUCAUCUCAAUCUGCGAUGUUCUCAGAUUCAUUUGCAAUCCAUAAAAUGUCAUAAUAUUUUCAUAUACAUUUAUUUCACUUGUCAUGCUCAACACUGUCAUAGAAAUUUAUUUUUUCUUAUACAUGUGAUUUGUUUUCCAUGUACGUUUCAGUUUUGUUUGUAAAUAGGAUCUUUUAUACUCUCUUCAAAUUAGCAAUGUAUUUAUUGAAAAAGUGUACCAUUCAUUCAAAGAGUGUGAGUUAUGUAUAGCCUGAGCUUGACAAUUAUUUUAUCAUAUUUUGAAUCAUUUCUAACUUGAUCACUAAAUAUAUUAAACAUAUCAUAAUUUGUGUAUAUAAAUAUAUCAUUUUGGAAUUUUUAAAGAGAAUAUCUGUUGCUGUUUCUUUUUUUUUUUUGUGUGUUAUGUUUUUUUUUAUACUUUUGUUUAUUAUUAUUAUUAUUGUAUGUGUGUGUUUUUUUGUGUUUUUUUUUUUUUUUUUUGUGUAAAACAAAUUUGGACAGAUUUCUUAUUGCUCACAUAUAUUUGUCUAAUUCUGCCUAAACACUAAUUUAAGUUUAGAAGCUAGAGUAACUUUCACAGAGUGGCCAGGCUUUUUGUCUCUUUCAAGUUAAAGUUACUAUUUAAUGUGACAGGUUUUUUGGUUUUUUUAUUAUGUAAAAAUAAUUUUGGAUUCUUUAUAGUUGUAAUUUUUUUUUUUAGAUGUACACAAUGCUCAGUUAGAAACUAGAUUAUUUUGUGAUGGAAAACACUGCUCUGGUUGACAUUCUUUAUUUGUUUUGCUUAUUGUAAGCUAAAUAAUGAACCAUAGACUUUAAUAGUUGCACAUGAAUAAAACAUUUUUAUUUUCCUUUUAUAGAAACGAAAAUAUUUCACUAAUGAUCUGGUAUCAAUUAUCAGUAAUUUUUAUUUUUAAAGAAAAUUUUGAAUGUAUUACUUGGCCUGUAAGCUCUUAUCAUAGACCAUCAAACAUUUUGUUGAAUAAGUGAUUAGGCAGCUGAUUGAGUACUGGUUGAUAACAUUUACUGCAAUUUGAAGACACUCUUUUAUGUACAUUGACACUAUAUAGGUCAUUGACAUAUUGUGAGAGGAAUGGAUUGUAUGCUGGCAUACUGCUGUGCCUGAUAAAACCAAAAAAAAAAAAAACAAUUUUUGAAAGGGAACUUAUUUUUAUGAAAUAUUUUUUUGAACUUGGUCAUAUUUUUUAAAAAUUUAUUAUUUAUGGGUUUUAUUAUUCUUUUACAUGUAGAAAAAAAUUCAUCCAUGUCAACUUUUAAAGCAUGUUGGCUAUCAAAUCUUCAACAUUUCAGCUACAGUAAAAUAGCUUAUGUUACAGUGUGUAAAACAUAAAAAUAAAAUGUAGUAAUUAAAUUAUUUUAAUUUUUUCAUUGAACUAUUCAUAUUCAGUUAGUGUAAUAUUGAAAACCCUUCAACUAUACCCUCUGUCAUAAUAGAUCUGAUAAAAAAUAAAAAUUAACUUCUAUGAAGUCCACAAAGGUGAAACUAGCUAAACAAUUUUUUAUCCUUGUAUGUUAAACAACAUUUUUAUUUAGUGUGUGUGGUUUCACUUCUAGAAUCCAUUCUAUAAGUACUUUUCUAAUGAUACAAGUCAGAAAGAUUCAGUUAUGAAUCAGUUAUGAUAUUACAUUGUUAGCACCCUGCGGCCUUCAGACUUUGCACAUAUGUUCAACUUGUGUGUUGUAUAUAAAAGUUUAGAUGUGAGCUCAUGGAAUUGUUUAUCUUCUGGCUUCUUGAAAUACCUCAGUCAAUCAGAUUAAAUGUUGCUUUUGAGUAGAUCAGGAGCUAAUCUGGAUACAUCUAUAGCUGCAACAGCAAGAGGAAAUAAAGUAUUAAUACACUUAUUGGAGAGAAAAAAAAGACUUGUUUAGUAGUUCCUCUUGCGCUGUUCAUCGUAUUUGGCAGCACUUUGUCUCCAUUGAGAUGGUCACUAUAGCAACUGUAUUACAGCACCCCAUUAAAGUUUUUACUUUGAACUGCUUAUUAUAUUCAUUACAAGUAGAUAGCACAUUCAAUCAGCAUUGGAGCCAGAUUGUUUUUGUUUCAGUGCAAAUGACAGGGAGAUUUUUUGUUUGUGUUUGUUUCAUGAAUGUCUCCUCCUCUCAGACUUAAGUGUUGAGCCAGACCAAUCUCUAUAAUCUCUGGUCCCGGUUGAGCUCUGCAUUGAACUGGAUUUCCGCCAGUGGGAUGAUUAGAGUGACUCUUGGUUUCUGGAUCUCUUUCCAGUUGACUCUAUCUAUGUAUACAAAUAUUAUAUCUUGUACAUACUUUUUUUUUGGUUACUUGACUUUGUACUAUCAAAACUGCUUUCUUGAAUGUAAACAAAAAUUAUGCAAAUGUACAAUAGAAAUAAAAGCAAUGAAUGAUGUUGUUUUUGAAAUA